ACCAUACUCACGCCAUGCUCCUUCCUCUCACUGAAAAAGUAACGGAUUUGGAGAAGCACAUUUCCCUCUCACCUACCUACGCCGCCUCCAGUUCUCUACCCGCUCCCGCCUAGUCAAUAUACAGCACAAUAUACACCUUCCUUUCAGAGACAAAGUAAAGGAAAUGGAGAACAUUUCUCUGUCACUCCCAAAGAGGAGCUUCUCUUCCAACAAUGCCUUCACUUCUCACAAGUCCAUUUACAAUGAUGUUUUUGGCGGCCCUCCAAAGUUGGGCCUGCCAACUCUGGCCCCACGCUUUGAGGAUUACUUGGAGAUUUUUGGCGGCUUUCACACCUCACAAUCUUCGUCAAUACCCAUGCUCCAUCUCCCACUCAUGGCCAGUGAGGACUCCAGCCUCCACUCUGAUGUUGACUACAAUGAGGUUUUUGGGGGCUGUGAAGGCUUUGACUGUACAGCAUCAGUUGAGGAUUUAGUUGGACACUCCAGUGGCAGAUAUGACUCAGACUCCUCUGAUGACCCCUGGAGUCCAGCACAAAGUGGGUCUCUGUCAGAAGAAUUAGAUCCGCUGGCUGGAUCGGAUAAGAGCCAAAGGUUAUCAGAUGGUGAUUUUCAGCAGACAUUGGAAAACAUUAACAAGCAUACUGCAUCUUAUAAUAAAUCUUGUCAUAUCAGUGCCGGUACAGUGCUCACCACGACCAGUCAUGUGACUAAUUUUAGUGCUGUUCCUGGAUAUACUUUCUCUCUUUAUGAAAGUCCUGUUUCAUGGGGUGGGGAUGAUGAAGAUUGCUCCGAGGGCAUGCUAAGUAACACCAACCACGGUGGAGAAUAUGGUGCAAGAGUUGCUGGAGAAAAGCAAUGCAAAGGUUCACCAAAUUCCUCACUCAGUGGCUCUGAUACACAUACAAAUGAUUCUAAACCUUCGGAGAUACUUGGGAAUUCUACUUCCCAAAUAAAACCAUUUGUUACAGUAUGUGAUAUCAGUCUGCGAACUAAGCCUUCGCGAUUACCACCCCCGUCUAGGCCUCCACCUGUCUUAGCUGUUAAAAAAAGUCAGCAUGACAAACCAAAUGCAGAACGAAAUCCUUUUCAGCGUUAUACCUCUGACGGAGUGGCUGAUGACAUUGCACCGCCUUUCUUUGAUGCGAAAAUAAAUGCUACCUUAUCUGAUGAGUGUAAGGAAAGUGAAAAUAGGAAUGUUAAAGUGGAGGGGAAGUAUAUCCGCAGCCACAGUGCUGCUAACGUGGCGGAGAAAACAAAUGAGACUGCCAGGGCCUCCAUGGACACUGAGGAUGAGAAGUUCCUUCACUCAUGCGGGGAUAAAACCCCAGUCUCCAUGCCUAUUGUUGAAGGAAGGAUGGGAUCAAUAGAGAGCACUGAAGAAAUACUAGUGCCUCAUGGAGUCCAAUGCUCUAACAACAGUGCUGAUAAUUCUGCCCGUGAUGUUGUUUGGAGGGAAGCAACUGCAUAUUUUGAGUUGCAGACAGAAGCUAGGGGAAAUGAGAAUGAAGUGGAGGCUAAAUUAAAGAGCAAGGAUUCUCCUAAUAGAAUGGAUACUGAGAAAAAGUCUGUUGAUUCUCAAAUAACAAAACAGACUCGUAUUAUGGAUGGAAAAAAUAUUCUCGUGGAAGAAUUUCAAAGUUGUUUUGAAGAUGUCAUGCAAGCAGAAACAAGGGAAAUUAUGCACGACAGAACUGGCGGCAUACAACAAAGUGGGGAUUCUGUAAAACAAUCUGAAAGCAUUCUGGAAGAAAAUUAUGACCUGAAAGAGAAUGGUGAGAUCCUUCGAGAUUCUAAGAAGCAUAGAGAGAGUGGUGACAACUCGUAUAUAGCUGCUGGCCAUGGUAACAGUUCGAAUAGAUGGCUUGACUGUGAGAAAGAUAUGGAAACAGGUAAACUGACAGUGAAUGAGUCAGCCUCUAGGAAGGCUUUUGGCCAAGCCAGAUAUGAGUUGGAUGUAAAUAAAGAGAGAAAUCAAGAUGUGCCCAACAAUGAAGAUACUGUUUUGAGGUUCAGAAUGUCUGAGACAGAAGCAGUUAGUGAGGAAGAGGACUUUGAAAAAACAGAAAAUAUGAAAUCGAGUUCGGAUGCUAGUUUGCAUGAAGACAUGAGUGAGCAUGCUGAAGAAAUUCAGCCUAAUGGACAUGAUGAGAGUGAAGUAGAAUGGGAUCUCGAUAGUCUUAUCCUCAUAGAUGGGGAUAAAUUGGAAGUAUCAGAGGGAGGAUAUAAAGUUGAUGAAGUGACUGCAACUAAAGACUUGGGGAAGCAUGAUAAUAUGCAAAUGCUGAGAUCCUCUCAAAGAGCAUUUUCACCUGAAGAAAAUGGGGACAUGAAAGAUAAACCUAAGAGUAGUACAUAUAAAACUGAGACUGGGGGUGACAUAUGGGUUCUAGGUGGAUUUCAUGAAUUCAGCAAGAAUCAAGAUGGCUCACUAGAAAUAAACACUCCCAGUGCUGCAAACAAUGAUAUCAAGUCUCCUUGCGAACCCAAGCAGAUGUUACAUUCGAAGACUUGUGGCUCUGACAUGGGGGUCUCACGUGUUACAUCAGGUACAAUAUUGUCAGAACUGGGACACUCUCGUGGUGAGGGCCAAAAGAUGAAUAGUUCUCAGUUUACUGUUAAAAGGGUGGAUAUCAGUGAUAACUGCAAUCUGCGUCAAGUGAUACCAGAGUCUAAUGCUAGUGGAGGGAAGAUGGAAGAAAUCCCAUCAUUCUUGAAACAAUAUAGUGACAGACUAUCAUCUAAGAAAGAUGCUACAAGCCAUCCAAUUGAAGUAAAAAACUCAAAUAUGAGAGGCAACUUUGCAGGAAAAGACCUAAAAGUAGGGGAAAGAAUAAGACAGGAAACUGCGCCUGAAAAUGAACAUAUGAGAAAACUAGAGGAAGAAAGAGAGCGGGAAAGGGAAAGAGAAAAGGACAGGAUGGCAGUUGAUAAGGCGGCUCUUGAAGCUCAAGAAAGAUCAUAUUUUGAAGCUCGCGAGAGAGCUGCAGUUGAGAGAGCCACUGCUGAAGUAAGACAAAGAGCUCUGGCAGAGGCUCAAGAAAGACUGGAGAAGGCAUCAGCGGAGGCAAGACUUAGGACUGAUCGAGCUGCUGUAGAGAGAGCAACUGCAGAGGCUCGACAGCGAGCUGCUGAAAAGUUAAUGGCUCAAAAGCCUGCACAUGAACCCCUUGAUCGAAUAGAAAAAUCUGUACCUGAUAGGUUUUCAGCGUCUUCUAGAUUUACUGAUGCAAGACAGAGCUUUUUGCCAUCUGACAUUUACUUCCAAGGUACUGGAGUCUCGAAUCGUGUGCGAUAUGCAUAUUCUUCAACACAUGAUGGGGCUGAAAGUGAAUCACCUCAGAGGUGUAAAGCUCGGUUGGAAAGAUAUAGAAGAACUGCAGAGCGUGCAGCAAAUGCCUUGGCAGAGAAAAAUAGGCGAGACUUUCUUGCACAAAAAGAAAGAGAAGAGAGGAAUAAAGUUGCAGAAACUCUGGAUGCUGAAGUCAAGAGAUGGUCAAGUGGAAAACAGGGAAACCUUCGAGCCCUGCUAUCUACUUUACAAUAUAUCCUUGGGCCUGAUAGUGGCUGGCAUCCAGUUUCAUUAACAGAAGUGAUAACUUCUGCGGCUGUUAAAAAGGCUUACAGGAGGGCCACUCUCUGUGUUCACCCUGAUAAAUUACAACAACGCGGUGCAACAAUUCAGCAAAAGUACAUAUGCGAGAAAGUUUUUGAUCUACUAAAGGAAGCUUGGAACAAGUUUAAUUCAGAGGAGAGGUGAAUUUAGGUGCCCCCCGUCAGGAAGCUUGGAACAAGUUCAUGCCGGAAAUAUGAUUUCCGGCAAGUAAAUUCUUAUCAUACUUCCCAGCUUGAUUUUUUUUCUUUUUUAUGGUGACAGUGAUAAGUUUGAGAUUUACAGAACUGGAAAUCAGGAAAAAAGGUAAUAAAGAAACAAAUGGAGUUGGACGUGGGGCAUCUCCUUCAUUGCAUAUAUACAUAUAGAAAUAUAAAAAAUAUAUUAAUUGCAUACUUUGUAUUAGCAUGGUUUUAGUACGAUGCAGAAGCAAUCAUAUCUGUACAUCUCCUUUGGUCCA